AUGAGACUCAUUACACACAACUUGCUCCAGUGCCACGUAAAGAACUGCAACAGCAACAACUUUCCUCUCAAAAUUGAGGAUGCUCAGGUUGAAUUGAUCGAGGCUGACUAUAAUCCCGAGUUUCUCGUAAACAUGCUUCCCAAGAUUGACUGGCCUGUGCUUGUCAACACAGCCAAGCAGCUCGGUCUUCCUGAGAUUCCUGCUCAAGUUCCCGAAGAUGCUGAGAACAACGAGGCUUUCUUGCAAGGUCUUCACAGCGUAUUGCUCGAGACCCACAUCCAACAAGGAAGAAUGAUUUGCCCUGGCUGUGGACACGUCUUUAACAUCAAGGAAGGCAUUCCCAACAUGCUUUUGGCUGAACACGAAAUCUAAGAAAAACUUAUUAUAUUUCAUCUACCUCUAAUUCAUCUCACAAUCUCUUCCUCCCUCCAUUUAUAUAUUUUGUUCUCGCCAUGUCUUUAUUAUAAAUAAUAGACUAUUCCUUUCUCUCUCUCUUUAUCUUUGUUUCUAUUUGUACAAAUUAAUACGAGAUUAUUACCAAAGACAUAUUGUGGUGAAAUUAUACUAGCAUUUGGAAAAAGAAACAUUUUUUUUCUAAAAAUAAUAAUAAUAGAUUAAUUAAUACCCAGG